AUGUCUUCCUCCGGCGGCCACCAGCACAGCCAGAGCCGGGCCAUCCCCACCAGGACGGUGCCCAUCAGCGACACCGCGCAGCUACCUCACGACUAUUGCACCACGCCCGGGGGGACCCUGUUUUCUACCACUCCUGGAGGUACCCGAAUCAUCUACGACCGUAAGUUUCUGUUGGAUCGCCGCAAUUCCCCCAUGGCUCAGACCCCACCAUGCCAUCUCCCAAAUAUUCCAGGAGUUACCAGUCCUGGUACCAUGGUCGAGGAUUCCAAAGUGGAAAUAAACAAUCUGAACAAUCAUGACAGGAAGACUGCAAUGGGGGAUGAUGCUCAGUUUGAGAUGGACAUCUGAUUACCCCAGAGCGUAACCAUGGAGAGGCAGCAAUUCCUGAUACCUGUGCAUACUCGAUUCUGCUAAUAGGAUCAGUAACUGAAAGGUGGAAGAGGCAGCAGUAGCAGCAGUCUCCAUCAGACUCCCCACCUCAUCUUCCAAGUGCCAAAGGAUAAGAAGACUAGCUCCCUAACCCUGCUCUCCCCCCACCUUUUUUUUUUUUUUUUUUUUUUUUUAACUCCCAUCUCUCUGCUCUGUGACUGAAUGGAUGCCCUUGUAAAAUUAUACAGAGCUGAGGAACACUCCUAGUGGAACCUUGGCAUCUCGCACUUUAGAGGCACCCUGUCAAACCAUACACAAGCGAGAACGUACCUCCAUCACCAAUUGGAUAUUUAUUGCAAACAGCAAAGGGGCCAGGGACUGGUGGAUUUAUGCUCAGUGGAGAUUGCAUAUUCCCUGUUCCCCUCCCUUCAGCCUGAUCCCAGCUCACAAAGGGCUUAAGUGUGCACAGCAAAUAACCAGUUGUAAUAUGGUGUCUCAGAUACUUUUGAUCACUCGCAUUUUAGAAACUGCAAGGAAUAGUGGGAGACGGGUAAGAGUCUCUGCUCAGUCUGAGUUCCUCUUCCUCAGUGGGCGGAGUACUCACUUGAGUAACUCUGGGGGAACUUGGGUACUAGUCCCACUUGUGACCUGUCUUCAGGACUCUGUGUGCCCUGCAAUGUAACGUUCUCUCUUCUGGAGAAGCAUAACCUUAAUUCAUUUGCUCCUGUACCUUCUUGGUUUCUAUCCCGCUGCCAAACUUCUUUUUGAUACUACUACUUAAUGUUGUGUGUAUUUAGAGGAAGCUAUCAGUUCAUUAUAUUGCUGAUUCCUCCUAUUCCUUUCUUUCUAUCCCAAAGGAAUGCCACCCAGAACUUCUCACUUUCGGAAACUUAACCCUUUAUUUCCUGAGUACUUUGAGUGAGUCCAUCAAUGCAAAAUCAAAACUUUUUUUUUUUUCUGGGAUAUAGGGGAGGGGUAUCUUUAUAUUAUCCGCAGGACUUCCUCCAUUUUUGCCCUUGUUAGUAUCUCCUGAUUUCUUUGCUGGUUCACCCUAUAGACUGUUGUAUUGAAGGUACUGCAGUAAUGAUUAAUUUCCAGCAUCUCCCAUCUCUCUUGCAUUAGGAGGAGUGUUUUUCCCUACUAACAGUUUUAAUGAAUACACUUAUUAAAUGUUUAUAGUUUCAAUUUUAAGACCUCCCAUCUGAAGGGAAAAAGCAAAUGUCAAUGCUUUUCAUCUUACACCAUCCUUCCAUUCAUAGUUCACUGUGCUCCUGUCAUUCAUUGACUCCAUUACUUUUCCUCCAAGUUGUUGGCAACUUUUAUGUUCACUGCUGGGGUGUAUAUUGGCUAACUUGUAAAAGUGAACAUUCGCCUGUGUGAGUCAUUUUUGGUUCCACGCUGUCCAGGGCUGCUCCUGUCCAUAUCUUGUCAAAGGGCUUAGCUGGACUAGUGUGGAUUUUGACACGAGUGUGGUGCUUCUGGCCAGUUCCUGUCUGGCCUUGCCACUUGAAAGUUCUUGACAGGUUUGAUUUAGUUGCUGAGGGCAUCGUUCAAAUUGUAGCUGGACUUGUUUCCCAUUGCCCCACUAGCUAGGAGACUGUGUAUCUGACAUGUGAGUCAGAAAUUUACACAGUUCAGUUAUAAAUUGGAAAAGAUCCUGUUUUCUCUUUUGGUAUGCAAAAGAGGCACUUUUCUGGUAAAAUACUUCUUGGGGAAGGAAGGUUUCCUGAAAAACUCUCAUUUUUCCCUCUUCCCUUCAACAUGUAAAUAACACAGGAACAAAAAUCCUUUGUAAUGUUUGAUCUCACACUAAAGAGUCUAUUCCUGAAUAUGGGAAAUGCAGGGUUUCCUUAAAGCUUGAUGAUGGCCAGAGAAGAGACUAAAACUACAUCUCUAUGUCCUGUGUUUAUUCUCUGACAUUAUUCCACCUCUGUUUAGUAUGAAGGACGCUAUAGAAAGCUCAGUUUUACUUUCUGUCCCAGAUCCAGUUUGUUCAGUUCAGAUAUUUCUAAAGUGCACUGCGAGUUCCUCCUCAUGUAAGAAACACUGUUUGACCUCCCCCCCCCCCCCCAUUCUGCUUCAUGCAUCAUCACUAACAAUAGUUUCUGGAAUUUAGCAGGCAGUUUUGUUGAUGGGGCAGAACAGAAUCCAGAUUUGCUCUGUAGGGCUGAUGAUAGUAAAAACUUGGGUUUGUCAGUGAACUAAGCAGAGUUGAUUUGAGAGAAACAGGAAGAAGAAAUGGGCAGUGACAAGGUAUUGUUAGUCACUUUUCUCAUCAUAGUGAUACAUUUUGUUUUGUUCGUAACUUCUCAGCUUUUCAAAGCACUACCCAGGGGUUCAGCUAUUUGACUUUUAUAACAAGAAUUGUGCAGCUAAAAUCCUCUUGCAAAACUGAAAAUUUAUCCUUAAGUGUACAGUGCAGCAAGAGCUUCCGUUACGCAACAAUCCUCUUAGCUGUCAGCCAGAGAAAUCAUUUUGACUGCUGUCAACUUGAGAUGUAUUUUUUAAAAAUUUUUUUAAAUAAUCAAGGUAAGAAACAAGCAUCCAGAGAGGAAAGAUGGUCUGGUGGUUGAGGCAUUGGAGUAGGAUUAGGAAAAUCUGUGAUUUGUUUCUGGCACUGCCACGGUAUUCCUGUGUGACCUUGGGCAAAUUACUUAGUCUCUCUGUGCUUUAGUUUCCCAUCUAUAAAAUAGGGAUAACGGCACUUCCCCAUGUCACAAGGGUGUUGUAAGGAUAAAUUCAUUAGUAUUUGAGAGACUGUCAGAUACAAUGCAAAUAGGGAUUAUAGGAAAGCAUAAAAUAUAUGUUUUUAAAAAAGCACAAGAGAAUAUCAUGAAAGUGGAGAUCGUGUUAAAAGCACCAGCAUUUGUGCAGUGACAGGUCUCUAUUGUCUUGUGCUUUACCUCUUCUCCCCCCCACCCAGCUCCCCUGGACAUGCCAUGGUGCCAUGAAAAAUGGUGACUGAAUAAAAAUAGUGCACUCAACAAACUUGCUCACUUUGCUAGUCCAGUUUGAAUAGAGUUCUCACCUAUUUUGGUCAGUGCAGUAUCCUGUAACCUUAAUGCCCUGUAAGAAGCAAUUCCACACAGUCACACUCCCACACUCUCACUUUGUUUGAAUUUAGAUUUUGAUUAAAAUCUGCAUUUCUGUGCCUCUUGCUGCUGAUUGCUCUCUUUGACCAUCAGUUGCAUCUGUGACUCCAGCAGUGUGGGGUGGAACCUAAUGUACCUUCCACCUUGGUGUCAUCCUAGUUGAACAAUCAAAAUCUGAAUUCAGUUGUUUGCCAUUUAAAAUGGCACCAUCAGGUUAAAAACAAUUUAUUUUAAACAUGUCAAGUCUUGUUUGUUAAUAAAACCAAUACAAAAUAUAAUUAAUUUAUUUGUAUCCAUUAAUUAUUCUUGUUUACUAUUUUCACUACACUUAGCUUUGGAACAUAAGAACGGCCAUUCUAGGCCAGACCAAAGGUCCAUCUAGCUCAAAUAUCCUGUCUUCCGACAGUGGCCAAUGCCAGGUGCCCCAGAGGGAAUGAACAGAACAGAUAAUCAUCAAGUGAUCCAUCCCCUGUUGCUCAUUCCCAGUUUCUGGCAAACAAAGGCUAGGGAUACCAUCGCUGGCCAUCCUGGCUAAUAGCCAUUUAUAGACCUAUCCUCCAUGAACUUAUCUAGUUCUUUUUUGAACCCCGUUAUAGUUUUGGCCUUCACAAUAUCCUCUGGCAAGCAGUUCCACAGGCUGACUGUCCAUUGUAUGAAGAAAUACUUCUGUUUGUUUUAAACCUAUUAAUUUCAUUUGGUGACCCCCUAGUUCUUGUGUUAUGAGAAGGAUUAAAUAACACUUCCGUAUUUACUUUCUCCAGUGAAAGUGGUCAAUGAAAAUAUUCAGUUACUUUAUGGUUCUUAAGCACCACAACCACAACUGCAGGGUAACACUUUAAAUCCAAUCUAAAUGCUCUGCUUGUUCAAACUGAAGGUAAGGUGAUGAUGAAAAUGUUCAGUUUUGUAAAUUCUUUAUUUUAUUAAACCUAAAUUUUGCACUUAAAUUUUUGUGUCCCAGAAAUUACAGGUCAGAUCUUUCCCUGCAUUAGGGCAGCUUUGUAUCACUCCAUCAGUACCCUUUUUAACCAUUUUUAGGCUGCUUCAGGAUUCUCCAUGCAUAGUGAUGUCCUUGGGUAGUGCAGAGCCAUCAUAGCAGUUCCUACACUCCGCCCACACCUUGCAUUCAGCACAGGGGAUGAAGUUAAGGCAACCCUUGGUUCCUGUAUUGGGCCCCUUGAUAGCUAAAACAAGUUAAAGUAUCCCUUAGACUGCUCUAAUUUGUGCUUUGGGACUGGCUCAGAGAUUGGGGAACAGCUACCCCUUACCUAAUAUGAUCAGCUUUAAUCCUUAUUUUUAACCAUUAAAACACAGGGCCUGGAUGAUGCACUGGGUUAGUGCAGGAACCUAUUCACCUUCAGGGACCUGGGUUUGGAUUCUGUUUCUGAGCAUAAGUAAAAAUGAAUCUAGCAGAUUCAUCCUAAUUCCUACUACUCCACUUCAUAAAACCGCAACCCAGUAGCUUGGUUUAUACCAAGGGAAUUCCAACCACUUGUCAGUUUGGCUGGAGCUGUCAUGUAGACUAGGCUCCAGGUGCCCUGAACCAUUUUUACUGAAUUCAUUUCACAACCUGCAGAACACUUUUUUUUUUUUUUUUAAACCAGUUCAGUGAACAAACAGUUCAAACUGUCUGGGGCCUGGUCUACCUUGUGGCUCCAACUGGCUUCAAAAUCAGUUAGCUGAACUAGUUUUAAAAGCAGUUAAGCUUUUUGGGAAAACUUGCCCAGCAUAGAUCAGACCAGACUGGGAUGAUGGGCGGCUGCUGCUCAGGAAAGAGACAGGAUGAAACUACCAAGGGGGGGAUAUCAGCAGAGCUGCUUGAAGGCAAACUAACAGUCUCACUCUGUGCCUGGCUCUAGCUAGGGCUCUUUGUCUCCCUUCCAUGAGUAUCAAAUUCUGACUUUUUUAAAACCAAGAUGGAGAUGGAUGUACUGUUACUACAUCCUUCCCUCCAGUACUGCUGUUGGCACACGUGGAUGGUGAUAGAAAAUGCUAUAAGAUGUCUGCCUGCCUUGGUUUCAUUAGCCUUAGCCUUUUCCAUUGUGGCAUUGUUCCUCAGCAGCACCAGGCCCAGAGCCAGCCCUGCCCCUAAACACUCCUUGCCUUGAGAAAAAUCACACAUUUCAAACCAAACCAAACCCUCUUGCCUCUCAAAUGACCCACUGUCCUGGCUGGCAUGACCAAUUUUCCCAUUAGCUUUGCUUUGGUCCUUCUCCAUGCUGAUUUUCAUUUUGAAGGGGUUUAAAUACUGUGGUUUCUUUUUAAAAUGAAUUAAACUGAACAAUAACACAGGGAACUCAAAGAUGCAGUGUUGCUUGUUUAGACUUGAUAUGGUUUAAAUUAAUUCCCUCCCCCCCGCUUCUCCCUCCUGCAUCUUUACUCUGAGGAAGGCGUGCAGAGCUUUGAAAGAAGAAUCACAGCUUAUGUAAGACUACCUCUAUUGAUUGAUGUAGAAUAAUAGUGACUUAUGUUAUAUAGAAAGAAACCUGCAGUGAACCUUCACAUCUGACAAUGACCAUCAUCUCACCUUGAUUUUCCAUCAAUUUUUGUCAAUUUUUCCUGAUUUUUGAGUUUUAUGCUGUUAAUGAAAGCCCAGGCUCUAAUCCUGCACAGCACCGAUCACUGUGCUGGUGUGAAACUCCACUGAAGUCAGUUGGGCUCUGCACAGGUGCUGGAGUCUGUGUUAACAGAACUGAUUGCAGAAGAGGGCCCAUCUACAGCAUGGGAUGGGGAAGGGUUUCUCUAUGGGGGUUUUGUUUUCUAGAGGUAGGUUAAGGAGUGACAUUAAAUCCAAAACAAUCUGUUAAAUCUUCUUGCAAAUAGUACCAUGUCAGCUACUUUUGAUGCUGGUUCGUGUGCUGAAUUGACUACGCUGAAAGCAGCAUUCCCCUCUGCGUCUGAGUAAAGGUCCACUUCUGAAAAUACUUGCCAGCUGACUUACAGUGCCAAGAUCUACAAGACAAUUACCAAUAAGCCUUUGUCACAAGUGUCCAGGGUGUACAAAGCUUUAAAAAAGUGGUGGUUUCCUUUUUAAGCUUUGGUAUUGGCAACUGAGCACCUUUGUGACAGUCCUAAUGCAUGCUUCCAUUUUGAAUUAACUCUGCUUAAUCAUCUAAUUGUUCAGUCUGUGUAUAUAGUAAUUCUCCUCUGGACCUGUGUGCCAGUCCUCUGAAACUGACCUUGUGGAGAGGAGGGAAGGAUAAAAUAGCUUCCAGUUACACCCUGCCUAGUGGGUUUCCAUUUUGCAAUGAGCAUUCUCCUUUCAUCUCUAGAUAUUAGGAGUCAAAUGUGGUUUAGUUUUCAAAUGAAAUGAGUUGUUGGUAUCAACCCCAUGCCUGGUGGUUGUUUUGGGCUUCUACACUCUAUAUGACUGGCAGUAUGUGCUAUUCUUAUUAUAAAUCAGGUGUAUUAACAGAUGUGUAGGAAGCUUGCACAUUACUUUCCUGCACUCAGCCUUCUGUCUCUCUCAUGUCUAUUUGCUGUUAAACAUAUCCUCAUUUCCACCAUGAACAGAAAAUGUGCCAGGUGGCAUGGAGCAUAGCUCAUCUUUUCUUCUCCCCUUCCUAGCAGUCUAUCAACUGAAAAAAUCCCAAAUUUUUGGUACCUUGACCAUUUGCAUUCAGGGUCCAUCAUUUAGAGUCAGCAGCACUGGGCUUCUUUCCAUGCUGUUGAAAAGACAAAUGUAAUUCUUGCAUGUGGGUUCCUUGUGGUAUAAUACUUUAAGGUCACCAGUUUUGCCAUCAAGGGGCACUGUGAUCCUCCCUAGGCUGCUAUCAUCUUGCACUUGGAAUUGACUCUGUCCUUAAGGAAAACACAUUCCUCAUAAUUGUCUUUGUCUUGUUUAAUUUUUCCCCGUCUCUAUAUUCAUAUCUAGGAAACCUCUACAUGACCCCAGAACACAUGGGCUGUUUGUUGACAUCUAGAAUCCAGUCACUGAGAGACACAACAAAAUCCAAACAUCUGGUUGGGAAAGAGUUAACCCCUGUUCUUAGCUAAAGAAAGGAGUACUGCAUUUUUGCAGGGACAGUGUCAUUCUGUGUGUUUUUAAUUUCAUUUUCACUUGUAUUGCCGAACUAUUUACCUUGUAAAUUUUAAACUGAUAACUUUCCCUUCCCCACCCAAAAAUUUGAUGGUCUUGUUGAUAUAAAUCAGCCUGGGGGUGUCUUGUCUGGGGGUUGCUGUUCACACCAUUCUCCUCCCAUUGCACCUUCCCUUUUAGAGCUAAUCUUGCUCUUCCACAAUUCCUAGUGCCUGUUCUUGUUAAUAAUACUGCCCCACCUACAUUUGAAAAAUACACUUUAUGACAAAAUCAGUAUUUUCCCCAUGAUCUAAACUCAAUAUAGUUUUGUAGUGGCACUCAUUGGCAUCAAAGAUGCAGGACUUGCCUCUUUUUUGAUAACUGAAUUUUUAUAUGAAUGUUUCACUCAGAUUUUUGCAGCAUCUAGUUUUCAGUGACCACCUUCUAUUUAUUCUUUCCCCUAGUUGUCCAUCUAGGGAAAACAGCCCCUUCCUCUGAACUCAUGCUGGAGGUUUUUGUAAUGCCUUUUGGUAGGGAGGGAAUGAUGUAGUAUAUGUGAGGACUCCUGUAAAGCUCGAUAGCACACCUCUCAAAUUGCCCUUCAAACUAAAUUCACCCCUCAUUCCACAGAGCAUGGGGAUAUGUUUUCUUUUGUCUUAUAAAUUAAUCUAAGAAAUUCUGAAUAAUUAAAUUGAGAUUAUAGAAAGAAAUACUUAUUACACAACAUUAUUUUAAGAUGCAUGUCCUUUGCCUCCAUCAUUGUGACUUAAUCCCACACAGAACGUUUGGCAGGUUGAGAAGUAUGCUUUGAUAGUUAUCUGGCAAAAUUGGUUGGCUAUUCAUUAAGUGAGAAAUCUUCACUGGGGGACAGGAGCAGAAUGUAUGCAAAUAUAAAUGUGUGGGUGGGUGGAUGUUCAUAAUCCACACACAAAUAUAUAAAAUUAAAUAUAUUUUACUUAAAAUCGCAGGAUGUGGUGUUGGAUUCUUUGAAAGAUGGAGCAGCACAGGGAAGACUAACUUUGCUAAGUAUGAAGGGCAAACAGUGGAUGUGUGAAGCCUCAGUUAUAGCAGAGUGAUUUUUUCCUACAAAACUGCUCUAAAACCAACAUCCAAGGAUUUAACUAACCUAAAAUAGGAGCCAAGAGGAACAUACAGCAGAGUGUGCUUUAACUGUUUGUUAAUCACACCAGGAGUGAAAAAAAGGGCAGUGAGCACCUUGGUCCCUAUUGACACUGGGAUAAAACAAUGAUUUCCCCAUCCUGCUUCCCGUGUCCAUAUCUGCAUCACUGCAAGAUGGUGACCCAGUGCCUUUCUUCACCUCAGAUAGGAAAACUGUUUGCAUCAUUGUGAAACAGCUUAGCUGAGUUGUGAAGGCUCUUGAGAGCAUAGAGGACAGUAUCAAUCUUAUGACAAUUCAUGGGUGUCUGACAUGUUUAUAAACUCACUGUUCUUAAAGACUUUAUAAAUUUUAAAAAGUCCCAUUGCCACUUUCUUCUUUUCUCCCUUUCCUACCCCAUCCCCUUUCAAUUUUAAAUGUGAUUUUUGGCUGAAAAGCAGAGACUGCCUGAAAAGUCAUUGGGCAACUUCUGUACAAUUCAGUUUUUACUGUCCUUGAAACAAACAGGUGUUUGGGGAAAAAAAAAAAAAAACUCUCACCGAUGGUUGCUCUUAUGAGAUCAAUAAAGAUCUUGAUUAUAUUAAA